CGCACAGCGCGUGGGAGGUCAACCACAGCACUUUACCACAGAUUCAUUCAUCCCUGCAGGUUCUAACGGCACGCGCGCUGCGUUUCUCUUUAUUUAGUCCAUAAUAAUAAUGAUGAUGAUGAUGAUGAUGGUGGUGGUGGUGGUGGGUUCCGGGGUCGUGGCGUUAAUCCUGAGACUGAUGUCGCCUCACAUCAGAUCAAAAUUUACCAUUUUGUGUUGGAAAUAUGCAGCAGGUGGAGUGUGUAUGUCCACAGGACGUCUGGAUGGGAAGACCGCACUGAUUACAGGAGGGAACACAGGGAUUGGGAAAGAGACAGCGCUGGACCUGGCUGCACGUGGUGCACGGGUGAUUCUGGCCUGUCGUGAUGUGGAGAAAGGUGAGGAGGCGGCAGCCGAGAUCCGCACACGCGUGGGUGGUGCACAGGUGGAGGUGCGAGAACUCGACCUGGCGGACACGUACUCGAUACGAGUAUUUGCACAGAGAUUUCUCCAAGAGGUGAGUCACCUGCACAUCUUGAUUAACAACGCCGGCGUGAUGAUGUGUCCGUACAUGAAGACCGCUGACGGCUUCGAGAUGCACCUGGGAGUCAAUCAUCUGGGUCACUUCCUGUUGACGUUCCUGCUGAUCGGAGUGUUGAAGCGCAGCGCUCCGUCCCGCAUCAUCGUGGUCUCGUCUCUGGCUCAUUAUUUUGGCUGGAUCCGAUUCCAUGACCUGCACAGUCAGGGGAGCUACAACAGCGGCCUGGCUUACUGCCAGAGCAAACUGGCUAACGUCCUGUUCACCAAGGAGCUAGCGCGCAAGCUAACAGGCUUGAACGUGACGGUGAACUCAGUGCACCCAGGGACGGUGAGGUCUGAUUUGGUGCGUCACUCCACACUGAUGUCUCUCCUGUUCGCCCUGUUCUCCGUAUUCCUGAAAACACCGCGUGAGGGAGCGCAGACGUCCGUCUACUGCGCAGUGGCUGAGGAACUGCACUCCAUCACAGGAAAGCACUUCAGUGAUUGUGCUCCAGCCUCCGUCGCACCUCAGGGCCGCUGUGACGAAACCGCUCGGAGGCUGUGGGACGUCAGCUGCGACCUCCUCGGGAUCGAGUGGGACUGAAAUCGCACUCGUUUCCAUCACAGACCAGUCAUCACGCCACCAGCCAUCCAUUCUGUUCUACCAGUUUGCCAAACGCACUUAAUACCACUUUAAGCUUAUUUAAGAAACUGGACCUUGGAUCCCAGUGUCAUCUCAUUUCUACGCCAUCAUAGGGCACACAGAAUUUGUUAGAAAUUUGAACAUUAUUUUAAUUCAUACACAUUUCACACACACACACACACACACACACACACACACCCCCAGCUGCCUAGAAUUGUACUGUUUUUAUACAGAAGUAAAAAAAUUUUUUUACUACUGUUACACUCAUGACAAGAAAAAUUUAAAUAUUUAAUAUUAUAUAAAUAUAUAGAAACUGUGUGGAAGAACUAUUACGAUUUCCUACUUUUCUUAUAUUGCACUUGAGGACCAGUUGUCUGGUCUGAGCAUAAAGAUUUAAAGUGUGAACUAUUUUAUAGCCGUUUCAGCUGAAAUAUACACAUUCUGGUAUUUCUGUAAUUACGGGGACUGGAAGUUUUCAAAAGCACAUUAACAAAUCUGCUUGCUGUUGUAUCGUAUGGAAAGAAAGAGAUAAUGUGGAACAACUGAAUUUGGAGGAUAAAAACAUCUUGUUGAGAAGUUGCACUUUUUAGGGGUCCAAGUGUUCUGUCACGACUCUUCCGGUCCCUAUUAUUGUUU